AUGAAUGCGUCUCCAUCACCCAAAGAACGGUUUGACAAGGCAUCCCAGCAUGCAGCUCUGCUCCGGGCUCUGCUCUCUCAUCCAUCUAUGAACCUCACCCCCGACGGCCUCCCCGACCGUGCCAAAACCCCCGCGACACUCUUCAACGUGGCCGAUUUCGAAUUGAGAACCUACAAGGACUACCUCCUCCCUAUACUUCCUCCCGACGCCGACAAGGUAUCACAAGCUCUGGCUAUUCAGCGGGUGGAAGAUGUGAAAGAGAAUCCACAGUUGAUGAGCGACGACAUGUACCCACGCAUGUCGGUUGGCGGCUUCAAGGGCAAAUGGGUGGAUACGAUGGGGCGUACGAUGAUACUCAAGGACAUCAUUCUCAACACGAGCAGGCAGGUGAUGUUUGGCGGGGUGUUUGACUUUGGGGACGAAGUUAAGGAGAAGGCGAGGGCCUUGACUUGA